AUGUCAAAGUACCUCUCCACACCGGGGGUAGCGGACAAGAUUCCCAGCAUCAAUGGACCAGUUCUCAAAGCUGUCCCGCCCAAUUCACGAAAAGGUUUCUACCUCCAACCGUGGCAUCUCAAUUUCAGUGAGAAUGCGAAGUGUGGCAAGUUUCCAAGCAAUGUGGCCAUGCGGUUGCACUUGCCAUCAUUUCUGAACCGUGGGUUUGAAGGUGAUCGGGAGCCUUUGGAAGUACGCUUUGAUCAACCUGAUCUGGAACUGUUUUCAGUGAUGUAUGUGGACGGCCACACAAAGGGUGUUUGCAUCCAGGCUAUCUUCGGACUUUUGGCCCAUUGUGCUGUGGAGCCUCAUGAGGUGGAAGAGGAUCCUCAGUUCUGUGCAGUGGUGGCGUUGCUUGAUGCAGAGCUGAAGAUGCACUGCAAGUCUGCCAGCUCAGAGUUCGACUACAAGAAGUUGAGCUUCAUCCUGGAAGCUCGAGGAGUUUUGCAAGAGCAGCAGAUCGAGCGAGCACAAAGUCGCAUCCAGCCAGCGUUCAGGCAGUCCAUCACUGCUGGAUUCAAUUUGAGUUUGGAAGCUGACCAGGUGGCCCACAGACGUCACCUUGUUGCUGCUUCUGGUGACACUCAGCGGGCCAGGGCAGCACUUGGGGCAGCUAGUAUUGGCGUGUUUCAUGUAGAUGAAUCGCAUUGUCCCAUCUAUGGAAUGCAGAAGUCAGGCGCUGGCAUCGAAGCAGAGGCUGAUGCCGACAGCAGCGGCGCUCUCUCAGCCAAACUCGAACCAUGGCUUCAGUCGACUCUUGGUGGUCUGAACCAAGGCAUCAGGCGGUCUGAUAACGAAUCCAUCAUCGGAUACGUUAACUAUGUGGCGGCUGGAGUGGUGUCCUCGUUCAAGCAGCACUUCGCUUUACAGCAAGUGACAGGGCUGUGCCACAGCAAUCCGCGCACCUUCCUUGCAGUACUGGUCUUGCCCAACAGAGCUGGAGAUCUCCGAUCAACAGCAAAGCCUCUCCACAGCGGUUAG